AUGCCUGCUCGCACCGCCGAACCUCCAGACGAUGUCCCCACUACUAGAGCAGUCGACGGCUUGGGUCUCAGGGUCACCAAAACCCCCAAGCCUCCGUCCAGCCCAACCAAGAGAGAGGAGAAAGAGAAGACCAAGGCGCAGGAUGUGACCGAGCUGAAAGACUAUCAGUUGGGUGAUUGUCUGGGUAAGGGUGCUUUUGGCUCUGUUUACAGGGCAUUGAAUUGGGGCACGGGAGAGACUGUUGCGGUCAAGCAGAUCAAGCUGGCGGAUUUACCCAAGAGCGAAUUGAGGGUUAUUAUGCUGGAGAUUGACCUGCUGAAGAAUCUUGAUCAUCCCAAUAUCGUCAAAUACAACGGAUUCGUCAAGACUCCCGAAACCCUCAACAUCAUUCUCGAAUACUGCGAGAACGGGUCCCUGCAUUCAAUCUCCAAGAAUUUCGGCCGCUUUCCCGAGAAUCUGGUUGCUCUCUACAUGUCCCAAGUGCUCCAAGGUUUGUUCUAUCUGCACGAUCAGGGCGUCAUUCACCGCGAUAUCAAAGGUGCCAACAUUCUAACCACCAAGCAAGGACUGGUCAAACUGGCAGAUUUUGGAGUGGCGAGCCGCACCACAGGAUUACAUGAGUCCAGCGUCGUGGGAACUCCCUAUUGGAUGGCCCCCGAAGUGAUCGAGUUGACAGGCGCAACUACCGCUUCGGACAUCUGGAGUCUGGGUUGCACGGUGAUCGAAUUGCUCGAUGGGAAACCGCCGUAUCACAAUCUCCAGCCUAUGCCUGCUUUGUUCCGCAUCGUGAACGACGACCAUCCUCCCCUGCCGCAAGGUGCAUCACCCGCAGUUUUGGACUUCUUGAUGCAAUGUUUUCAAAAGGACCCAAAUCUGAGAGUCUCGGCCAAGAAGCUAUUAAAACAUCCGUGGAUAGUGAAUGCAAGAAGGACCAACUCGGACAGGCCAAAGAAUUCCACUGAAUAUGACGAAGCGAUAAAGAGCGUUCAAGAAUGGAACGAAGCCCUUAAAGAUUCUCCCAAUGGCAGCUCGAUAAGAAAGAACUCCAAUGCUUCGACAGCCAGUCCAAUACCUGUGGCAAGGGACAUGCUUCGUCCGACGAAAUCUCAAACCAAAUCUCCUAAUCCCCUUCUCAAUAAGGAUGACAACACAACCAGGUUCCGCUCCCUCGAAGAUGAGGACAACUGGGACGAUGACUUCGCCACUGCUAUUUCACCGAGCACUUUCCAGUUGCCGCAUCUGAGACCUCACGAUAACUUUGGAGGCAUGUUGUCUUCUGAGAGAUUGAAGGCAUUCGCCACGAUGGAGAGCGCGUUGGGAAAAGAAAACGAGGCCGUUGAGGACAAGGAUUCGACACUAAAAGCUCCUUCGCCUGCCGAAGUGGACACAAAUAAAACCAUCCGACUUGCAAGCGCUGCGCCGGCGAAGAGGCCAGAAGUUCGUCACGCGAGGCACAAGUCUGAAGUGCCCCCAAAAACAAAGGCAAAGCCCACACCAAUGCCUCGCAAAGCUUCGUUGCCCUCUGCUCGUCAGACAACGAAUCUUUCCAAAAGCAAACCACCGCAGCCAAAAGUACAACAGGAUGAACCUCCAACACGACGUUACCGGGAGAGUUCUGUCGAGGAUUUCUCCGACAUCGUCCAAGGGAACGAACUCGCCUUGGAUACCAAACUGGGCUUGAUGCGAUUGGAAAGCGAGGUACCAUCCAAAAUAUUAGAUUCGCCCAGCGUUACCGAUUUGAUGCAGAGUAUGAGACCGCCAAAGACCGGCGGCAGCCUCAAGAGGCAUCCUGCGCCCAGAAACAAAUUGUCCAUGCGAAGGACACGAUCUUCCAUCGAGAUUCAACGUUUUGCUGAGAGCGAGCAAGAUGAGGACUUCUCAGACGUCUUUGCACAGACGCCUGCAGUGUUCGAGAGAGCUGAGAGCGAAGAUGGCUCUGAGCUAAUGCUAAACUCGAAGAUAUCGAAUCUAUCAUGGCUUCCAGAUGCCGAAGAUGAAGAUGAUCCUUUUGCACAGCUCGAGGAAGGGCUGCCAGAAGUUGACCUAGAGUCAAACAUUGCCCGAGAUAAGCAUGCGCGACUCCGAACAGAUGUGGAAGUUCUAGUAGGCCAGCUGAAAGUCAUGCAGGAUGACGACGCUUUAUUACAGAUCUCCGAGGAUUUGAUGAACUACUUUGACCUCUUCUCGGACACAAAAAGCGUUAUCAUCAGCGCGCAUGGUCUCUUACCGAUAUUGGAGAUUUUGGAAGACUGCAUGCGCCUGGACAUUGUCCUCAAUCUUCUAAAGAUUGUAAAUGCAAUCAUUUUCAACGACGAGGAAGUCCAAGAGAACCUAUGUUUUGUCGGAGGGAUCCCAAAAAUCAACAAAUUCGCCUCUAAGAAGUUUCCACGGGAGAUACGUCUCGAAGCUGCCGCUUUCGUCCGGCAAAUGUACCAGACGUCCACCCUCAUCCUCCAAAUGUUCGUCAGUGCCGGGGGUCUAACGGUUCUGGUUGAUUUCCUAGAAGAUGACUAUGACGAUGACCGAGAAUUGGUGCUGAUUGGAGUCAAUGGCAUCUGGAGUGUUUUUGAACUCCAAGGCUCGACUCCAAAGAACGACUUUUGCAGAAUAUUAUCUCGGAACUCGGUUUUAGAGCCGUUGUCGCUCGUCCUGAACCGGGUUCUGAUGGAGCCAUCGGAUUCCGGAGAUCAGAAAGAACUUGCGGACUUGUGUGAGGGUCGCAUUGCUAGUAUCUUCUUCGUCUUCUCUCAAGCGGAGAAUUAUGUCAAGGAGCUGGUCGCUGAACGGACAGUUUUGCACCGAGUUCUGAAGAAUCUCAAGAGAAUGGCUCCGGCACACCAGGUAACGAUGUUGAAAUUCAUCAAGAACUUGUCGAUGUUGUCAACCACGCUGGACGCGCUUCACAAUUCGAACGCUAUUGAUGUUUUGUCUGAACUCCUCAGCAAUAGCAUGAGCAAGCCGCAUUUUAGGGAGAUGUCAAAUCAGAUAUUGAACACCAUCUACAAUCUCUGCCGUUUGUCAAAAAGACGGCAAGAAGAUGCAGCACUCGUCGGUAUUAUUCCGAUCCUCAUCAAGAUUGUCAAGCAGGAGAAGACCCCUGUCAAAGAAUUUGCGCUGCCAAUUCUAUGUGACAUGGCUCAUUCUACCAGGGCUGCUCGCCGUGAGCUUUGGCAGAACAAGGGCCUUGCAUUCUAUGUCUCGUUACUCUCGGAUCCAUACUGGCAGGUGACAGCUUUGGAUGCGAUCUUCACCUGGCUUCAAGAAGAGACGGCCCGAGUCGAAGAUCACUUACUCGAGAAUCAGAAUUUCAUUUCCGCGAUCGUGGCAGCGUUGACUAGCAGCAAAUCAAGCUCAUUUGAAAACCUUCUAGAGCCCCUGCAGAAAUUGCUUCGACUGUCGCCACCUCUUGCAGCAUCGAUGGCAAGAAGCUCGCAAGUUUUCGACACCUUGGGCCAAAAGCUGAGUCACAACAAGCCCGCAAUCCGUCUCAACCUCCUGCGUAUCAUCGGCAGCAUCUGCGACUCGACAGAAGAAGGCUGUUUCCUUCUCGACCAGUACGGUCUCUACGAUGUGAUUCGAGAACUUUCAUAUUCUGAUUCUGCGGUCCUUGUCCGCAGCAUGGCCAGCGAACUCAUCCGAUCAUGUGAGGAGACCGAUAACGUGAGCAUUAAAAGUGGGCAGGGUGGUAGUUCGGCGACAAACGGUGCUCGAAGAAAGCAUCCUGGCUUCCAACGCCGCACCAGCUCUACGACGCCACCUCAUCUCCUCGACCGUCAAAUGAGCAUGCCUACGUCUCCUCAAUUAGGCCGCUCGGAGCGAGCCAGCAUGAACAUGUAUGAUCCACCUGUCGCGCAGACGCCGCGACGGCAGCGCAACGGCGUGUAUGUCAAUGGCACGAGCGUGAUGCGGCCUGCCAGUCGCGACGGUUCGACGUACGUCCGCGAGAACUCUCCAGCAUUUGUCAUGCCCAGUCUCACACGAGCAAACACAGCCAGUGUCGUGACGGAGAUGACGGUGAAUAAGAGCAGGCAUCCUCGCCAGUCGACGGUAGCCACAGGCGUGGUAGGACAUCAUCGUCUGUCACGCCAAAGUACACGAGAGAGCAUCGUUGGGUCAGCGAGGGGAUCAACGGAAAAGGACUCGAGUUCAGCAACCAGCACAAGAACGUAUCAAGGACAAAGCAGUGCCGGAAGCACGCCUGGAGCAUCGACUCCUGUGUCAGAGCAGAGAGCACGGAGAGAGGCGAGACACGCACACUCUAGCAGUAUCAGUCAAUGCCGAAAUUCUAACAGCAAUAGCAGCAUAGCAGGCUCGAGGCCUGGUUCCGGACAGAGCCAAGGCCAGGGGCCUGGGUCAGGUCAGGUUGAAGUCACGGUGGCAAGGAGGACGACAGCUAGAAGACAUGGAACGUGGGAUGAUCGGUGGGGCUAG